AUGGCUGGACGUCUGGAGGACCAUCUUCAAUGUCCCACGUGUCUGGACAUCUUCAAAGAUCCUGUCAUUCUUCUGUGCAGUCACAGCUUCUGCCGUGCGUGUCUGCAGCAGUGGAAGGACAAAGGAGAACGAUCGUGUCCAGUCUGUCGGACAGAGUUUAGUUUGAUGGAUCCGCCUUUGAACUUGGCACUGAGGAAUAUGUGUGAGAACCUUUCACGUGCCUCGCUCAAAUCAGAAGACAUCUGCAGCUUUCAUGAGGAGAAACUUCAACUCUUCUGUUUGGACCACCAGGAGCUUGUGUGCCUCGUCUGCAGAGACGCAGAAAUACACAUUGGUCAUACGUUUCGGCCCCUCAAAGAAGUUGUGAAAGGUCAUCGUGAUGAACUCCAGAAAGGCCUGCAGAAGGCCAAGGAACGACUCCAAGAUUACAACGACUGUCGAGAAAACUGCAAUGAACAAGUAGACUACAUCAAAGUCCAGAAGGGGAAUGUCGAACGCAAGAUAAAGAAGGAUUUUGAGGAUCUCCGUCGCUUCCUGGACGUCGAAGAGGAGGCCAGGUUGACUGCGGUCAGGGAGGAAGAGAAGAAAAAGAGUCAGACGAUGAAGGAGAAGAUGGCGGCUCUCGACAGACAAAUGGCCGCUCUCUCGGAUGUCAUCAGAAACACUGAGGAGCAGCUGGCGUCUGGCAAUGUUUCUUUCAUGAAGAAGUUCAAGACUGCGAUGAGCAGAAUCCAGGAGCUGACUGAAAAACCGCAGCUUCUGCCGGGAGGUCUGCUGGACGAAGCCAAACACGUGGGCAACCUCAAGUUCAAGGUGUGGGAGCGGAUGAAGGAGACGCUCGCCUACAGUCCUGUCGUUCUGGACCCCAACACGGCCAAUCCAAGAAUCCGUCUCUCCGAAGAUCUGACCGGUCUGAGUUGGGAAGAAGUUCAGCAGGUGCGUCCAAAAAAUCCAGAGAGGGAAGAGGGGAACUGUGUGCAAGGUGGUGCUUUGGACCUGGGAAGACACGUGUGGGACGUUGAGGUGGGAGACAACAAUAACUGGGCAGUGGGGGUUAUGUGGGGGGACCCUUGUUUGCCAGUGAAAAUGACUGGUUGGUUUAUUGGAUUUCGUGAUGGUAAAUACAAAAAGCCCGGUGGCAAAUAUGGAGAAUGGAAUCCGCCUGUCAAAGUGCAGAGGAUCCGAGUUGAGGUGGACAUGAAAGAAAGGGCGGUGUCCUUCUCUGAACCUCUGACAAACACCGAAUUGUGGAACACUAAGAAGGCUUCCGAUUGGCCAGACUUGUCCGGUAACACCAAAAUGUAUCCUUACUUUGACACAUUCAGUAAAAUUCUUCUCAAAAUAAUCCGCAUUCCACCUGGUGUUACGACUGCCAUCAGUCAGAUUCGAGCCCAGCUUCAAACAACUGCAGCUCGACAUUCCAAACUUGUGCACUCUAAAACAAUGGGUGACUGUCUGGGGGACCAUCUUACAUGUCCCACCUGUCUGGACAUCUACAAACAUCCUGUCAUUCUUCCGUGCAGUCACAGCUUCUGCCGUGCGUGUCUGCAGCAGUGGAAGGACAAAGGAGAACGAUCGUGUCCACUCUGUAGGACAGAGUUUAGUUCGAUGGAUCCACCUUUUAACUUGACACUCAGGAAUAUUUGUGAGAACCUUUCACAAGUCUCAGUCAAGUCAGAGGACAUGUGCAGCUUGCACCAAGAGGAACUCAAACUCUUCUGUUUGGACCACCGGGAGCUUGUGUGCCAUAUCUGCAGAGACUCAGAAAUCCACAUUGGUCACACGUUCCGGCCCCUCAAAGAAAUUGUGAAAGGUCAUCAUAAGGAACUCCAGGAAGGCCUGCAGAAAGCCAAGGAAAGACUCAAAUAUUACAACGACUGUCGAGAGAACUGCAAUGAACAGGUAGAGUACAUCAAAGUCCAGAAGGAGAAGGUCGAACACAAGAUUAAGAAGGAUUUUGAGGAGCUCCGUCGCUUUCUCGACGUCGAGGAGGAGGCCAGGUUGGCUGCGGCAAGGGAGGAAGAGACCAAGAAGAAUCAAACAAUGAAGGAGAAGAUGGCGGCUCACGGCGAACAAACGGCCGCUCUCUCAGAUCUCAUCAGAAGCACUGAGGAGCAGCUAGCGUCUGGCAAUGUUUUUGUCAUGAAGAAGUUCAAGACUGCGAUGAGCAGAAUCCAGGAGCUGCCUAAAACACCGCAGCUGCUGCCAAGGGGUCUGCUGGACGAAGCCAAACACGUGGGCAACCUCAAAUUCAAGGUGUGGGAGCGGAUGAAGGAGACGCUCGCCUACAGUCCCGUCAUUCUGGACCCCAACACGGCCGAUCCAAGAAUCAGUCUGUCUGAAGAUCUGACCACUCUGAGUUGGGUAGACGUACAGCAGGAGCGUCCAAAGAAUCCAGAGAGGCGCAAGUGGGAGAAUGUGCUGGGUUGCACUUUGGACUCGGGAAGACACGUGUGGGACGUUGAAGUGGGAGACAACGAUGUCUGGUACGUGGGGGUCGCGUGGGGGAACCCUUGUUUGCCAGAGAAAAUGACUGGUUGGUUCAUCGGACAUCGCAAUGGGAAAUACAGAGAGGUCAGUGGCAAAUAUGGAGAAUGGAAUCCGUCUGUCAAAGUGCAGAGGAUCCGAGUUGAAGUGGACAUGAAUGAGAGGUCAUUGUCCUUCUCUGAAACUCUGACAUGCACCGAAUUGUGGAAAACUAAGAAGUCUUCCAAUUGGCCAGACUUGUCCGGUAACACCAAAAUGUAUCCUUACUUUUCCACAAAAUGUAAAAUUCCUCUAAAAAUAAUCCCCAUUCUACCUGGUGUUACGACUUCCAUCAGUUUGCAGUCAUGUUGA